CACACCCAUUUUUAAUCCAGUUUGCUUGCAUACAGAGGAAAUCAUACUCGUUCUCUCUGUGAGAGAAAGCAGUAGCCAAAAAAAAACUGGAAGAAAUAUGCGUGCAAAAUCUCUCUCAUUUAGUUAUGAGGCCAGAUUUGUAAUAAUUUUUCCUAUUGAAGCAUCGUUUAAUUUCUACUCGACAGAAACAAUGCCUGAUUUUCUAAAAACAACGGAAUUUUCCAACUGUAUGAAAACUACACUGGAAAUGUUUUCCAGGAUUUGGCGUGACACCACCUUUCCAUCCAGUUUAGGAAAAAGUGGGGGUUUCACCUUUAAAAAGAGAUUUACCCAGAGAAAGCUGAUUUGCACACGUAUUUUUCAUCCAAUUUGCAUACUACAGUGAAAUCAUAUUCGGUGUAGUAGCCAAAAAAAGUGGGCAUAAUCCCUCCGCCAGGCUGCAAAUGGGGAAGGGAUACGUGAAGGAUGUGAUUGAUUACUUAUCCCCCAUGAUAAGGUAAUAUAUCAAGGUCAAGUGUUUCAUUUGACCUUAUCAGGGGGUCGUUUAGGGUCAAAUCUUCCCUAAAAAAGGGCCCCAUCCAUAACGUAGGGCCCCCAAGCAUCCACCACCAGUGAAUAAGUAGGCACACGCUCCGCUCUAUAUAUUAGUCCAUCUACAGCACAGCAGGGCAAAAACAAACUCACGGCUCGGUCGAGGAGUUAAUGUAACAAUUAAAAGCCCAAUUAAUUAAUUGGUAAAUAAUAAUAAUUACAUUUCUCUGUCGUGUGCGUGCUGUAGGAAGUGAGAAAGAAAACACCCCGAUUUUCUGAGUGAAGCGAUUCGUGGAAUUUGCUUUUUUUCCUUAGCGACUAUUUAACUGCCCAAUUUUUGCCCAGUUAAAUUUGUGGAUUGAUUAGUUGGAGGUAUCGGUUUGUGCCUAGACACGGAAAAGGGAGGAAGUGGGUUCAGCAAGGCAUUGUCAGCAAAAAGAAGGAAAUAUUGGUUUAAUAGUUGGUUAGUUAAUUCAGUCGGCAAGAAUGUCAAUUUUUAUACGAAUUCGCCCUCCCUGGUGUCGUCCUCGUCGACCUGAUUGACGACCGUGAAGAAUAGAGAAUACAUAUUAUUACCAUCACGAGAAUAAGCUUCACAUCGUAAUUAAGCUGCUUCACGAUUUAGUAAAUUUAAUAGAAAAGUGAUCCCUGGUUAACGUUGGUUGCUUUAAGGACAUUAGUCCUGCGACCUAAAUUAAUAAUGAUUCAUAACAAGAACGGUUCUCGGAGCUCUUUCACGCUCCCGAAGCCCACUCGGGACAUUGUCCUUCAAACCAACAGGAUAAAAAAUCCGUUCGAUCCUGACCUUCAAGAUGCUUUCAAAAAAUUUGUUAAUCACGUCGGAAACCUUAAUGAACAUGAAGUUGAUCUUCCCGAAGUGAGUCUGUUGCUUCGUGGAGCGUCGAAAAUUUAUUCGGCGCAGGUCGACAGCGUAGUGAAAGAUGUGGAAGAACUUUUACGCGUCUGCACUCGAACUAAAACGGCCUCGUUUGAGAAAAAGAAAGCGAAAAAGGUUGUCUCGGAGAUGGAAGAGGAUGCUCCAGAUGGAGAAUCCAGCACAGAAAAAGCAAAAGAGUUAGACGACUUGGAUCGGUCUUAUAUCGGAGAAAUUGGCGUUGAAGAAACUGCUCGUCAACCGCUGGAUGAUGACGUCGACAUGUCCGAUUCUGGGAUAGGAUCUGCAGAUAAUUCACCCGAAUCAGAAAUUACAGAAAAUAGUGGGGACCUUCUCGCCCCCGAAGUUGGUGAUAACGGUGAUGGUGUUAUAAAUAUCGUUGAUAUUGACACCAUUACACUGGAUGGUGAUGACGAAAACCAGGCAGUCCUGCCAGCGGAAAGCGGAGAAGCGGGAGGAGAAGACACGGUCUUAGCGAAUGCGGAAACCGAGGAGUUGAACCCCCCAUCCAAGGAAGGAGAAGAGAUCCGACCUAAGGCGAAGAAGCCCCGCAACGGAUUGCUUCCCCCUCCGCUCACUUCCUGCUUCGACGAGUGGGACAAUCUUGUCGAUUCUGGGCUGCUCGACCCGAACCGCUUGGACCCUCCUUUGCUCGACAAAGCCAUCCGUCUCGCAAAGCGGAAAAUGUACGCGGAAGACAACAUCCCCACCGCGAAGAAGGCCAGAGGGGAGAAUGAUUACUCUGAAGAUAGUGGGGUCGUCAUGUCUGAAGAUUUGCCUGUAAACGGUGCUGUAGAUGCCGAUAUAGAGGAAAAAGACGAGAAGCCGGACCUUUCAACCCUUCCUCCCAUGCCGGGUUUCCUCCUGUCGCAAGAAUUUCCAUCCGCGGCGGCCGCCUCCUUCUCCCCCGAGGACCAAGCCAUCAUACAAGAUUGUAUACAUGAGCUUCACUACCUCCCUUUCACCUUCGGCCUUUCUAAAACGGACCUAUCCUCUGCAUUCUCUCGCACCGUUGCCAGAAUGUCGGAUGUCUUCAAGAAGAAUAAUGUACCUGUGACUAGACACAUGGUCAAAGAAGCCUCUGUGAUAGCCAAAAAAACGAGUCCGGAGAAGGAAAAGACGAACGGCUUAAUUCAUCCGGUUGCUCACAGUUUGGGCGACAUCUACAACACAUUUGUAAACACGUGUCGAAAGGAGUGCGAAACGUUUAUCCACAACACGUCCAUGUCCAUCAUGGAGCGGUCCAAAGAGAAAACUUUUGCGGAGAGUAGAGCAAAUAUAAGAUCCAUGAUCUCAGAACUGCAGAGGAACAUUGUCCCCAAGUUUGCACGAGUACCUUUGAUGGCUGAAAACACACCCGAAUUUUUUCAACAUGUCACAAACUUUGAGAAAAAGAUGAAAAAGAUAUUGGAAGAGGAGGCGAAAAAGGAUGAGUUUGAUGUCAGGAAGUACGAGCGAGACGUAUUGGAGGUGACGGCGAAGGAAAGUUCUGAACUUGUAGUGAACAGUACCGGUGUAGCAGGAGAGCGAUUUGACGAUUUUUUGGUGCCAACGUCUCCGCUGAUGAGGCAGCAAAGUAUUGACGAGGUUGGUUUCGACCCGGUCCUCUUCGCCUCUCAAUCCACCCGCUCCAGCUUCGACGGAAGUCAAAUCUCCAGCCUCGUAGGAAGCAGUUGGGUCCCUCUCAAACACAUUUUCAAUCAUAUGAAGAGUUUUGAUCGCACAGAGACGGCGAGGUCGAUCUAUGCAGUGCUGGCCCUGCUCUCCUACCAAAACCUGGACAUCAACUACGACCAGCUGUACUCGCACGAGUCCGCCGUCCUCUCCGGUGUCUCAAAAGAGGACGAAAUAGACUCCAAGUUUCCCCGCGGAGUUAAAAUAUGCACGUCCCGAUGUCCCGACGCCGACAAGGAAGAAGUAUUUCUCGCCGCACUGACGUCCGAGUCGCGCGACGAAACAUUCCGCCACCUCCUCAACGAGGAAGCGCGCAACAUUGAAGAUGCCGCGUCCUCCUCCUCCUCCUCCUCCUCCUCCCGUGGUAAGAAGAAAGGAACUUCCGCCGCUGCCCUCGCUGCUGCCGCAUCACUAAAGUACAACGAAGGAAGGAUCGACGCGGGGAUCCGAGAAGCCAUGGCGGACUUUGUUGAAGAAGACAGCACCGUGUUCACUGGUCGAUUGUUUGCCAGACAGCGGAAAAGGAAGGCGACAGUCGUAGCAAGUGAGAGCACCACGAUGCCAAGUUGCAGCGCUACCACCACCCCCAACACCACGACUACCACGUCAACAAACCCUGCCAACAAAUAGGCUAGAUAGGCGACCACGUCCGAAGUAUUAUUCAGAGGCUUUAAUUAUUUAAUUGUCAACAUCACUGACGCAGUUCACGCGUUUUAUUAUUAGUGUCAGCUUUACGAAGUUCCCAAUAUCAUGAACAGUCUCUCUCGCUAUUCAGGUUGAAUUCAGCCCUUAUCGUUCUCAACCAAAGUUGAAUAAUCGUUUAGAACUUUAUUAUGAACCCACAAGCCUACUUUUUUAGAUGAGUGGACCUGAAAUUUUGAAAAAAUAUUUAAACUCUUGAAAGGUUGCUAAUAGUUAGAAAUUUAUGAAGAAACAUAUCUUGAUGUGGCAAUAAUUUUUAUAUAUUUUUGAUACUCUUUUUACUUGUUACUUUUAUCUUUAUUUACUUGUUUUCUUUGUUAAUUCUGAUAACUUUGUAAAAUUGUUUAAAGGCAUACAUUGAGUGGGAAAGUGCAAUUUGAUAUCACAUAAUUUGUAUUUUUCGUAACCCCAGUCAAUCUUUGAUGCUAAUCGGUUGGAUUAUAUAUUUUGGUUAGUUCGUAGAAUCAGCGCAUCACAGUUCUUAGUCGAGAAACGGAAAUGAUAAUACAAUUUACAGAGUAAUAGUUUUUAAAAAUAUUGAUAAAUUAAGGUUACAGCGACAAUGUACUUGUUUCAUGUGAGUCGAGGUUUUAUUGAUGAAUGUUUAUACAAAUAGUAGAGAAAUAUUUAUGUGUGAGUGGCUAUUUAGUACAAAUUAUAUAUUUACAUUCUCGAUUUCGACAUGAAAUAUUAUUUCCGCCCAAAUAAAUUGAUGGUACAAAGAGAAA